AAGCUUUCACAUCUCGGUUUUCUAAAUCUGUCCUUCAUAUCAGUUGACCGAGCUAGUGCUACAGUAGUAGACUUGUGUACAAAUUAAGAUGGCAAAUGUGCAAGAAAAUCUCUUUGGUAAACUAGAGACUGAUGUAGAAAUCAAAGCUUCUGCCGCUAAAUUCCAUGACAUCUUCAAGCACAGACCACAUCACAUCUCAAAUCAUUCCACUGACAAAAUUAAAGGUGUUGAUAUUCACGAAGGUGAAUGGGGGACUGUUGGCUCAGUUAUCUUCUGGAAUUAUGUUCAUGAUGGGAAAGAAAGAGUGGCAAAGGAAAUAGUUGAGGCAAUAGAUGAUGAAAACAAUUCUAUCACUUUUAGAGUGAUCGAAGGAGACCUUAUGGAGCACUUCAAAAGCUUCAAACUGACUAUUCAGGCUAACUCCAAAGCUGAGGGUGAGGAUGGUUGCAUAGUGCACUGGACUCUGGAGUACGAGAAGAACCAUGGAGAAAUCAUAGAUCCUCAUACCUUGCUCCAGUUUGUGGCUGAUGUCUCCAAGGAUCUUGAAUCUCAUCUGCUCGAGGACUAGUAAAUCAUGUGUGUAUAUAUAUUUAUAUAGGUUUUGCUCCUAUAUACCUACAUAUAUAUAUUAUAAUAUAUAAAUAUUGAAUAAAUUGUAGGUGGGGGUGAGCAUAUAUAUAUGUAUUUUGUAUGUAUUUAUGCUUAAUUAAGGGUCACUAUCCUUAGUUUGUGUGAAAUUUGGUGUGGGAAUUUUCAGUUUGGAAUUAAUCUUGUAAUAAUGUACUUUUUAAGUCUUACGAUGCAUAUAAGUUGCUUUGUGAUUCUCCUGA